AUGCCGCUCGUCUCAGCCAUCCUCGCGCUUGUCGUUGCCGCUAUUUUCGCUGUAAAUUCCACCAUCGCUCACCGAGCUAACCCACGCCCUUCUCUAACAAUAUCCGCAUAUCUCUUCAUCUCGUUUGUCGCCGAUAUACCUAGAGUCAGAACCCUGUGGCUGAUGGGAACUUACACCAACGUUGCUGCCAUCCUUUCGUCUUCGCUUGCCAUCAAGCUCAUUUUGCUAUGGCUGGAGAAUAUCGGCAAGCGUCCGUUGCUGCUUGAAAAACAUACCAACAUCUCUGACGAGGAGACUGCGGGUCUAUUCUCCAGAGGAUUAUUUUUCUGGCUCAGUAGGCUCAUGAUCACCGGCUCGCGUCAGGUUCUCAACCUGCACACGCUCUUGUCGAUCCACCAAAGAAUCAACUCUUCUGCAACUUUCCCUCGGCUACAAAAGGCUCUUGAAAAUAUCAUCGGCCGUUUUGAGCGAAUCCAAGCCUUCUUGAACGAAAAGAAGACGCAAGAUGAUCGUGUUAUUGGCCAAACAAGCGCGACUACGGAAAACUCGGCAUCAGGUAUUGCUCUUCAGGAGAUGCAGCCGGUUUCUGAUGCCGAGAAUGCGCCUGUCAUCAGGAAAUCAACAAUGAUCAACGCGUUGUUAGGAGAAGCUCAAAUCUUCAACGGCACGGUUCAACUCGCCACAAACGAGUUGGCCUUCUGCCAACAGACACUAUGGCUGCCUUCCGGGACUAUACGGGGUCAAAUUAUUGGCGAUGAUUGUUUCUCCAAGGGAUGGUACGACGAGGUAGUCAGGGCGUGUGCUCUAGAAUACGACAUUGCGACACUGCAAGACGGCGAUCAAUCAGAAGCUGGAGUGCAAGGUGUAUCCCUCAGCGGCGGGCAGCGCCAGCGUUUAGCAAUCGCUCGUGCGCUGUACGCCAGGAAGCCAAUCGUGAUUUUCGAUGAUGUUCUGAGUGCGCUCGACUCCUCCGCCCAAGACAUUAUUGCCGACAAGGUGUUUGGUCGUGAUGGUCUGCUCCGACGGAUGAACGCCACUGUCGUGCUUGCCACCCACUCGAUGCGGCACUUGCACGCAGCAGACAUCGUAGUAGCCUUGACAUUAGACGGACAACACACAACGCAUGUAGUGGAUCGCUCUCGCACCGACCCUAGCGUACAAGCUGCAAUCCAAGAUGAUCAACUUGUUCAAGCUGCCCCUCAUUUGGAUGUAACUGCCAAUGCAAUCGUUGCCGAGAAAGACUUCAGACAAGAAGCCAAUGGCCUAGCCAACGCCGGUAGGAGUAUCGGCGAUCUAGAGGUUUACAAGUACUACUUUGCGUCCCCGGGGUGGUCAAGUCUCUGCAUUUUUUUAUCUUUCGUUCUCCCUGAGGCUGGCUUCUCUGCGCUACAACUUGUGGGUGUCAAACUUUGGUCAUCCAGCAAUGAUAGGAAUAAUGCAAAGCAUUGGCUUAUCAGUCUAUACGCAUUGUGGGCUGUCAUUCGCGCUGCCUGCCUCAUUGACGCUGUCUACUACCUCUACGUCGUCGGCAUUGUGCCCAAGUCAGGAAAGCGGCUCCAUCUGUCUGUUUUGAAUGCUGCGCUCAAAGCGCCCAUGCCUGUCCAUUCAGAAACAGACAUCGGAACGUUGGUGAACCGAUUCAGUCAAGAUAUGCAGCUCAUUGACAUGAUUCUACCUGGUGCGUUGAUCGCAACCGCAUUUCACGCAGCAAGUUGCAUAUCGGUUCCAGCGUUCACCAUUGCGGCAAUGCCGUAUUUUGCGGCGGUUCUCCCGUUCAUCUUGCUAGCAUUGGGCACAGUACACCGACUCUAUCUUCGGACCUCCAAGCAGCUUCGACUUCUUGAGCUGGAAAGCAAAGCGCCCCUUUAUUUGCACAUCAUUGACACCAUCAAUGGCAUUGUUUCGAUUCGAGCGUUUGGAUGGUUCGCUUCAUACAAAACCGAAUACUUUCAACCUUUGGACGAUUGCCAGAAACCAUUCUACCUAUUGCUAUGCAUCCAACGAUGGCUAUCUGUUGUUCUCGGACUCACAGUGACGUGCAUGGUAACCAUCCUUACUGCUAUUGCAGUCACGGUACGGGGAUCGACUGUCAGUGCCGGUUUUACUGGCAUAGCACUCGUUAACAUGAUGAGCCUGAGUCAAAGUCUUGCUUCUCUGAAUAUUUUUUGGACGUCGUUGGAAACAUCCCUUGGCGCAGUAUCUCGAGUCAAGUCAUUCUCCGAGGACACCCCUGUUGAAGAAAGCCCAGACGCGCCUGUUGCCCACAACUGGCCAACAUCUGGUCACGUCCAAUUCAAUGGUGUUACGGCCGCGCAUGCUAACUUUAUCGCGCUUCGCAAUGAUCCAUUCUUAUUCACUGGGUCAUGGCGCCAGAAUUUAUGCCUCGGAGACGAUGGCCCCGAUGUAGAACUAGAAGAAUGCAUGAAGGCAGUCGGUCUUUGGGAACAGGCACAGAAAUCAUCCGGUGAGAGAUGUACAAAAACUGUUCUGGAUAUGGACAUGGAGCAGAUGCAACUGUCUCAGGGUCAGCAGCAGUUAUUAUGCCUUGCCCGUGCUCUUUUGUGCAAGAGCAAAUUGGUCCUUCUGGAUGAGCCGACGGUUAGUGUUGAUACUAUCACUGAAGCAAAGAUGGCUGAAGUUAUUGCCCGCACAUUUGAAGAUGCCGCCGUCAUCAUGGUCACACAUCGUCUGUCUUCAAUUCAUUCAUUCGACAAAGUCAUCGUCUUGAACACAGGCGAAAUAGUCGAGUACGGACCGCCAGCUGAACUGUUAUCUGAUACUACGAGCGCCCUUCACCAGCUUUACCGCGUGCAGUCUAAUUCCUUGCCGAAUGCGGCAGAGUAG